AUGUCCAGCAGUAGAGAAAAAGCUGCUUGUAGUCGAGUGCUGAAAUUCCUGUGUGAGUGGGAUCGGGGGAAUAAAUCCACUCGCACACGAAUGCUUCAGAAAUUCCUGCAGGAAAACACAGGAAAGACGAGUCCUGAGCUGGAGCUGGAGUUCGCUCAGGCUGCCAGUCUGUUCUUCACCCGCAUCACUGCCUGGAUGAGACUCACUUACAUGUUCGGCACGUGUCUGCAUCUUCAGCUCCGAGCACUGGGAGUCUUCCUCUCUGCUGCCAGCAAUCAGCGGUACCUGAUGGAGUUCCUGGAGGUGGGAGGAGUGAUGACGCUGCUAGAGAUCAUCAGUCAGACACAGAGCAGAGACGAGGAGAAAGCUGAAGCUCUGUGUUUGCUCUGCAUCGUCUCUAGCUCCGGCCGCAAGUACAAGGAGAUCAUCUGUGAAAGCAAUGGUGUGAAGGUUGUAGCAGAGUGUUUGGUGAAGUCGGAGUCAGAGGAGACGCAGAACACAGCCUCCCGUCUCCUCGAGUCUCUGGCUCACGGAAACCCAAAGUACCAGAGACAUGUUUAUAUACGACUCAUCUCCCUGCUGAGCUGCAGCUCUCCGACAACUACACAACUCACACUACACACUCUACACACUGUACAGGUCAUCGUAAAGACGCCUCAUCCUGCUAUUGUGGAGCUGUUGUUAAAUUUACUGAGUUCUUUCCAUCUUGAGGUUCAGUAUGAAGUGAUAGAGCUGAUUAAAUAUCUACAGCAGACGGAGGUGAGAGAUGCUCUUCUCAGCGCUCUCAGCGCUCUGCUCAAACCGACCAACCAGACAGUUCACAAACACGAGAUCCUGAAGGAUCCAAUGGUGGAGAAGAUGAAUGGCCCAUUACCACUGUUCAUCCAACAGGCAGCAGCAGCCAAAGCCCUUCGGAUGUUAGCCAUGGAGAGCAAUGAGACGUCUAAAGAACUGAUCCGCCUCAGAGUCGUGCAUCAUUUACUGUACGCCAUGGGCAACCAGGAGCAUGCAGAUGCUCAGAGACAGGCCAGUCUGACUUUAAAGCAUUUUGUGCACUCGUACCCUGUGGUUGAGGAACACGUGUGCAGAGCCAUGGGACCUGCUCUGUUCCACUCGUUUAUGCAUAACGCUGAGCUGCUCUACAUGAACAUGGAUGAAGUUCAGGCUGAUAUCUUACUGAACAACAAAGUUGAUCUUUCAAGAGGAUUCCCCUCAGGAACACAGAGGCCUAUGAGAACACAGGAUCCCCUCAGGAACACAGAGGCCUGUGAGAACACAGGGUUCCCCUCAGGAACACAGAGGCCUAUGAGAACACAGGGUUCCCCUCAGGAACACAGAGGCCUGAUUCCCCUCAGGAACACAGAGGCCUGUGAGAACACAGGAUUCCCCUCAGGAACACAGAGGCCUGUGAGAACACAGGAUCCCCUCAGGAACACAGAGGCCUGUGAGAACACAGGAUUCCCCUCAGGAACACAGAGGCCUAUGAGAACACAGGAUCCCCUCAGGAACACAGAGGCCUGUGAGAACACAGGAUUCCCCUCAGGAACACAGAGGCCUGUUUUGGUGAUUAAAUUGAAAAUGAUGAGCUCUGCAGUGAGGAAUAAAACACAAACAGGGAAGAGCUGUAGCAGGAGACUGAAGUCUGCAGGGAGGGAAGAAGAGCCGUCCGAGUCGCCGUAUCACUGCUUUCAUGACACAGCGGAGCUUGAACUGUUCCGAUCUCGCCUGCUGUCCUGGUACGAUCAGACGAAGAGAGAGCUGCCGUGGCGUACGCUGGCCGCAGUAGAGAAGGAUGUGAACGUGAGGACGUACGGAGUGUGGGUGUCGGAGGUGAUGCUUCAGCAGACUCAGGUUGCGACGGUGAUCGAUUACUACAACCGCUGGAUGAAGAGGUGGCCGACGGUGCAGAAACUGGCAGCAGCGUCAUUAGAGGAGGUGAAUCAGAUGUGGUCGGGACUGGGAUAUUACUCACGAGGACGGCGACUGCACGAAGGAGCUCAGAAGGUGGUGCGUGAUCUCAGUGGUGAGAUGCCAAAAAGUGCAGAAGAACUUCUGAAGCAGCUUCCUGGAGUCGGACGAUACACAGCUGGAGCCGUGAGCUCCAUUGCACAGGGACAGGUGACGGGUGUGGUGGACGGAAAUGUAACACGUGUCCUGUGUCGGGUUCGAGCGAUCGGAGCGGACAGCAGCAGCGCUCAUGUUACUGACGCAUUGUGGAAGUUAGCCGAUACGCUGGUGGAUCUGGAGCGACCCGGAGACUUUAACCAGGCUCUGAUGGAGCUGGGGGCCACGGUGUGCACGCCGAAGAACCCUCAGUGUGCUCAGUGUCCCAUUCUCGCACACUGCCACGCCUACAACAAGGUCCGAUUACAGCGGAACCGAGGCUCUAAGAGACUUCUGGGUAAACCAGACUUGACACCAAGCAGCUCCGCCCCUGACAUAGAGAAUUGCGCCAGUGCUGGUGUGUGUACUCUGUGUCUGUCGGAGGACUGGGAUGCCGAGCUCGGGGUGCAGAAUUUUCCCCGUAAAGCCCUGAAGAAGGUGCCUCGUGUGGAGCGGACGCUGGUCUGUGUGCUGUGGCGGCAGUGUGACUCCGACUCCGACAGUGACGGCGAGGUUCAGUACCUGCUCACACAGAGGCCCAGUAAAGGGCUGCUGGCGGGGAUGUGGGAGUUACCCAGCAUGCUGCUGGAGGAAGGUGUGUCUGAGAAACAGCACAGGGACCUGCUCAGCGCUGUGGUGCAAAGGAUUGUGGGAACUGCGGCAGAGUCCUUACAGUACGUGGGAGAAGUGGUGCACAUUUUCUCCCACAUCCACCAAACAUAUGUAGUUUACAGCGCGAGUGUGUGUGAGUGUGUAGAGGGACAGAGAGAGCAGAAGAUCUGCUGGCUCGACCAAUCAGCUCUGCAGGAUGCCGCCAUAUCCACCGGGGUUAAAAAGAUCAUGAAACUUUAUUACGAAUCCACAAGCAAACUUCAGGAUACAAAGAAUAAGAAGCGAAAGCAAAUUCCUGAAGCUGGAAAAAACAAGAAAACCAAACGAGCAGGAAGUGCAGCUCCCAGCGGCCUGAGGCAGCUCUCGCUCAGCCGGUUCUUCACCACCUCGAAACUCAGCAGCAGCUGAAGCUCACAGUCUGACUCGCGAUUUGAUUCUGAUUCACAAUUUGAUUCAUAUCUCACAAUUCGACUCAUGAUUCGAUUCAGAUUCCGAAACAAUUCUGAAUUGAUUUUUUUAUGCAUCUUGUUUGUUGAUAUUUCCAGUCUGCAUUAUGCUUUUACAUUUCUUUUAAUGUAUUUCUAUUAUCUUUUAACAUAUUUGUACGUAACCCAUCUAUCCCAGAAUUCUCUCCAGAAUCUGGUUAGAGAAGAGCCGACGCCCCGGCAAACACAGUUUGGUGGCCUUUUAUAAUUAAAAAUGGACUGUGGAUGAGUUCAGUCUUCAUCAGAAUUGUCGCAUACUACAACACACACAUGGUAUAUGCAUAUGUGUAAAAAAAAAAAUCUGAUAAAUCAUUCGAAAAAUACAUUUUAAAGAGAAAAUCACGGUGCAUUUAAUAAGAAUUGAUGAUUAACUCACCAAACCUGAGGCUUAUUUCACAUUCUGUGGUCAACGAUCCAAAUAAAAAAUUACUACACGAAUGUAAUUAUUAUUAAUAUUAUGAACAUUUUUUUAAAAAUUAGAGUAAUAAAAUCUUGCUUUGUGUUGGUUUUUAUCGUCGCUUCAUGUGUUUGACUUGUUUUAUUUUCAUUUACACCCAAGUUUUAGGCUCCUAACCAUGUUUUAUAUUGAUCUUAACCAGCGAAGUCGAGUUGCUCUGAACGCUAAUUUAGUGACGUUAGAGAUUUGUUUGUCUUUUUUAUAUUUUUGUAAUAAAAGAUAUUACAUGCA